AUAUUAACGGUGCUGUAGUACAUCGGCGGGUCUCGCCAUUUUCUUGGUCUGUAAAUUGCCCGUCGUUACGCCUGUCGUCGUAUCAUCGCCGUUGUCGUUGCGUUGUUGGGCGUUGACUGUUGUAAAGCAAUAGAGUGUCGGUGGUUUACGUAUUACGAGUGCGAUCUGCGACGCCGGGCACGGCGUCACCACGUCAAGCAACGAUGAAUCAGUCGCGAAAUUUCACAUCGCUAUUGAAUCCGAGCUACCUGCAAAACGCUCAACAGCAAAAUGCCGCGAGCGCGAACUCGGCGGCGGCAGCGGCCGCGGCUGCGGCGGCGGCCGCUGCCGCGGUGAGUGCCGCGAUCGCGAACGGCACCCAGGCGAAUGCGAACACGGCGAAUGCCGUAACGCCGAGUCGCAAACGGGAAGCGGAGGGCGAUGGUAAACAGGAAAAAGAAUCAAAAGAAGGAGAACGUAAGAAGAGGAAAAAGACUAGAUGGAGUGGUAGCGAACAUGACAAAACAUUUAUACCAGGGAUGCCUACAGUACUACCGACAAAUCUGACUCCUGAACAGGAGAAGGCUUAUCUCUUUCAGCUGCAGAUUGAGGAAAUCAGCAGGAAGCUACGCACUGGAGAUCUUGGAAUUCCACUUAACCCCGAGGAAAGAUCUCCAUCUCCAGAGCCUAUUUACAGUAGUGAUGGUAAACGGUUGAACACGAGAGAAUAUCGUACAAGACGUAAAUUAGAGGAAGAACGUCAUAAUCUAAUUCAGAAGAUCCUCAAAAUCAAUCCAGAGUUUAAACCACCACCAGAUUAUAAACCACCAAUAAUACGAGUUCAUGAUAAAGUUAUGAUUCCCCAAGAAGAACAUCCUGAUAUAAAUUUCGUUGGUUUACUUAUUGGACCGCGUGGAAAUACUUUAAAAUCUAUGGAAAAAGAAACUGGUGCAAAAAUUAUAAUUCGUGGAAAAGGCUCUGUGAAGGAAGGGAAAGUUGGUAGGAAAGAUGGACAACCAUUACCAGGCGAGGAUGAACCUUUGCAUGCAUACAUCACUGCAAACAAUUUAGAUGCUGUGAAGAAAGCUGUGGAACGAAUUCACGAGAUUAUUCGGCAAGGUGUUGAGGUACCAGAGGGUCAAAAUGACUUGCGACGUAAUCAAUUACGCGAGUUGGCUUUAUUAAACGGAACAUUACGUGAAAAUGAUGGACCUCGCUGUACUAAUUGUGGAGCUUCGGAUCAUAAAUCUUGGCUGUGUCCUGAUAAACCAAAUGUGACGAACAAUAUAGUGUGUUCAAGUUGUGGUGGUGCGGGACAUAUUGCUCGCGAUUGUAGAUCAAAAAGACCUGGUCAAGGAGGUCCAGCAGCUGCCGGAAUGGGAGGAAUGGGUCAAGCCGGAGACAAAGCCAAAAUAGAUGAAGAAUAUAUGUCUCUUAUGGCAGAAUUAGGAGAAGGCCCGCCACCAGAUAGAUCAAAGACAGGACAAAAUAGACAAACUCCCAAUCCCAAUUAUCCCGGACUUUUUGACAGACAACAACCACCUCGCGCGCUUAUGGCCGCACCGGCGCAUCCACCACCACAGAUGAUGCAGGGUAAUCCGAUGAUGCCACCACCAGGCAUGGCACCUCCACCAUGGAGUCAAGGAGGCGAAGGGAUGAAUAACAUGAACAUGCAAUGGCAGCCACCAGUGAGCAUGCCGCCUCCGCCAGGCGUGAUGCAACCGCCACCACCUCCACCCGGCUCUAAUACGCAACCCAAUAUCCCACCAUUAAUGCCGUGGAUGGCUGGUAACAAUCAACCACCACCACCAGGUCAAAUGCCACCUACACAAAUUCCUCCACCUGGAAUAGGCAUACCACCAUGGCAACAAGGACAGCAAGGACCGAUGCGACCACCUCCACCAGGUACAGCACCGCCUCCAGGAUUUCCUGGUGGAUGGCAACCACAACAAAUGGGCGGGUGGCCACCGGCUGCUCCGGUUCCACCACCGCCUCAGCAGCAGACUCCUGCCCCACCCGGGAUUGAUCUGAACACGCUGCCGACAUUACUAGCACAACCACCGCCACCACCACCACCUACUAGUUAGUCUUAAUUACAUAACGAAUGACUUCCGAUCUAUGUAAUAAUGAGACGAUAUCAUUGAGAUAAAAGAAAGUUUCUUAAGAAAAAGAGGGAAGAUGGAAGAUAGAAGGUAGAAGUUGAAAGAAACAUGUCUCAGUAGGAAGUUAAAAAAUGAAGAUAGAUGAGAAACUAGGACCGAUGUAAUUAUAUCGUAAUUUUAGUUUUAAUAAUCAAUUUUUUUUCAUUGUAUAAUCUUAUCUCUGAAAAACAUUUAUGAUUAUUAAGAAACCUUUACAUAUAAAAUAGACACAUUGCUCCAAAAAGACAUUAUCUUCAUUAAAGAAACAUUACCUAGUUACUGAUUCUUUUAAUUUAAAAUAAAUUAAAAAAUUACUUUAAAUUUCGUAUUAUGUACAUCAUAUCACAUCAUAAAUGAUUAUGACGCACAAGUUCUCCCAUAAGAGCACAAGUACACCGAUCUACAUUUUUAUUUUUUUUUUUUAUUUUUUUAUAUUUUUUUUUUUUACUUUAUUCCUAUUUCCGAACGUUCGUUUUCCGAGAUCGAAUCUAUCAAUGUUGAAGAAUUGUAAUAUAAGUAAAAACAUUUGUUCAUAUUUUAUUUAUAUAUAUGUAUAAGUAAUGCUCUAAAAGUACUAUAUACAUCUACUAUAA